UACCUCUCUCUCAAGUUCAAGGCCAUAUUGUAUGGAUACAAAACAAGGUAGUAACUGGUGUUUGGACUAAGACUGCAGCAACCUCAGACGGUCAGACUUAUAUCGACAUAGAAGGUGCUUAUGCUCACAAAGGUUAUCAUUUGGAAAUCCCUAAUAAUGUAGAAACAUUUUCGCUUAUUUUCAUAGUUGAUAAUAAUAAAAAUUAA